AUGUUAAUAGUAUCGUUACAUAUAACACAACAAAACUAUAGCAAUAAUAGUUCAUUGAAAAUAAUUGAUCGUAGUGCAAUGAAAACAUCAUCAUCAGUGGGAGUAUCAAUGAACGUUAUUAUUGCUCUGAUGGGAUGUAUCAUAUUUGCAACAUUAUCCAUUAUAUUGAUUGCGUUACUCGCUAAACAUCGUAUUAAUCGUUUCAAAACAAGAUUUUGUGGUUCCCGUGAUCCAUGUGCAAAUCAAUCGGUUGUACAUCGAUUUCAUCCAGAAAUAUUACUUCGACCCUCUGUAUUGGAAUUGUACAAUAAAGAAAUUGAGCAACGUAAAGAGAAAAAGCAGUUUAAUAUGUUUGAUAAUGCCCUACUACAUUAUACUGUACCAAAAACUCAUAGCGACAAAGCAACUAAACAACUGAAACUAGUUUCUGUAGUAGAAACACCAUCAAGAUCCCCAUCCAUGACAGAACGAGAAACAAAAUCGACAAAAACAAACUCACAGCAGCAUUUCGGACUUAAAAAUCUUGAUUAUCUUGUGGGCUCUACUCAAACUUUUGCGGCAACAACCGAUCGUAUUUAUAGAAAAUCUAUACCACCUUAUCAGCGGAGACAAUCAAAUACAACAUUAUGUAUAGGUAGCUAA